CCCGGAUGCGGCUGGGGUUGAGUACUAGGAAAGAAAAGCUCGGAAGCUAAGUGGCGGUGCUGCAGCCCCAGUGGUCUUAAGCAGGAUGCAGACCAUUAAGUGUGUGGUGGUGGGUGAUGGGGCAGUGGGUAAAACCUGCCUUCUCAUCUCUUAUACAACCAAUGCCUUCCCAGAAGAAUACAUUCCCACAGUGUUCGACAAUUACAGCGCUCAAAUGAGUGUGGAUGGCCGCACUGUCAGCCUUAACCUAUGGGACACGGCAGGCCAGGAGGAGUACGACCGCCUGCGCACUCUCUCCUAUCCUCAGACCAAUGUGUUCAUAAUCUGCUUCUCCAUCGGAAGUCCUUCCUCCCAUGCCAACGUGAGGCACAAAUGGCACCCUGAGGUGUCGCACCACUGCCCCAACGUGCCCAUUCUCCUGGUGGGCACCAAGAAAGACCUGAGAGGCGACGCAGAAACGGUGAAGAAGCUAAAAGAGGCAGGUAUGGCCCCUACAACCCACCAACAGGGCAACACCCUGGCCAAGCAGAUUGGAGCUGUUAAGUACAUGGAGUGUUCUGCGCUGCAGCAGGAUGGUGUUAGAGAAGUGUUUGCUGAAGCUGUGAGGGCAGUGUUGUAUCCAGUCACAAAAAAGAAUCCCAAGAAGUGUGUGCUGUUGUAAUGAAUGGUUUCCAGAUUUGGACUAUGAAGGGGGAUGAAGGAGAUCCACAGAUGCAAUGAAAAGCUGAGGAACAAAAGAUGCCAUCUGGUUGCUCCCAGCACCUGUGAUACUCCUGUUUUCCUUACUCAUCUCCUGGAGGAUCUAACUGUGUUGCCAUCUUCACCAAAGUGACUGAUUCUAAAUGAAGGCAACAGACUGUCUCUACUUUCCUUCCAUUAACUUUUGAUAUUUACACAUUUUCAACUUUACAUCUGUACUUGAUUUAUAGCUUCUAUGCUUUGCCCUAUAAAAUGUUCAUUAUGGUCACCAAAAGCCAUAACAUCUAAACAAAACUAUCAAAGCUUCCCUAGUUGACUUGAGAGAGGAGAUCUGCGUGAGUUCAGGUGGAGAACUAAUGCUACCUGAAUUCUCACCUACAUUGCAUCUCAUUGGGUCUCAUGCAAGUUUUGCCAUCUAGAUCUAUUGACUUGCCUAUUAGAUGUAAAAAAAACAUUCAAUCAGAAGUUAAACAA